AUGGACAAUGGUCCAUCACCUCCCAGAACCGACCAGGCUGCAGGGAUGGGAGUGGGGCAGGUGCUGCUUGUGCUGUCGGCCGCCUGCGCAGUGAUGCCUGCGAAGGACCCGUUGCUGAACAUCUGCAUGGAUGCCAAACACCACAAAACCAAGCCUGGCCCGGAGGGGAUGCUGCAUGACCAGUGUGCUCCCUGGAAGGACAACGCCUGCUGCACGGCCAACACCAGUUCAGAAGCCCACAAGGACCAAUCCAACCUGUACAACUUCAACUGGAACCAUUGUGGGCUGAUGCCACCCAAGUGCAAGCGCCACUUCAUCCAGGACACGUGCUUGUAUGAGUGCUCACCCAACCUAGGGCCCUGGAUUGACCAGGCUGACAGCAGCUGGCGUCGGGAGAGGAUUCUUCACGUGCCGCUCUGCAAAGAGGACUGCGAGGAGUGGUGGGAGGAUUGCAAGGACUAUGUCACGUGCAAAGAGAACUGGCACAAGGGCUGGAACUGGGCAACAGGAACGAACCGCUGUCCUUGGGGCUCCAUGUGCAGACCCUUCAGCCAUGUCUUCCCCCGACCAAAAGACCUGUGUGAGAAAAUCUGGUCUAACUCCUACAAAUACACCACAGAGCACCGGGGCAGCGGACGCUGCAUCCAGAUGUGGUUUGACCCUGCCCAGGGAAACCCCAAUGUGGUUGUGGCGAAGUACUACGCUUGGAAAAAGAGAUCUUCCCCUGCUUGGAUGGAGAACGUGACUCCUGAGACCGACAAAGCUGCGUGCGUUCUGCCAUGGCCUGUCCUGGUCCUGCUGCCUCUGGCCCUUGUGGUGCUCCGAGGGAGCCAGGGGCUGUGGGUCCCAUGGAUGGGGGUCCCUGUGACUGUUCCCCAGAGGGACAUGCCUUGGACUGCUCCAGCUGCCCUACGAGAGGGGCUGGCAUAG